AUGGCUGAAGGUUGCUUUAAAACUCCAGCGAAACCAAAGGGCAGAACAAGUAAAGGUAUUGAUGUGUCUGGUGGGAAGUUCAAUUUGGAGAUUCCAGCUUCUCCUUUCUUGGCCCGGCUUGGCUAUGGGACUGGAGUCAGUGUUUACUCACUGGAUAGAGGCAAAGAGCAGUCUCCGUGGGCCAUCAAGAAGCUCAACAAAUUCUACAGGGAGCGUCAAACUGUCCAGAAAGUUUGUUUGGAGAAAGAAGCUGAGCUCAUGAGGAAACUGAACCAUCCGAACAUCAUAGGCUUCAGGUCUUACACGCAAACCCCGGAAGGGCCCAUGUUGUUGCUGGAGAAGUGCGACUGGUCUUUGCUGGAUGUCAUCGAAGAACGGGUUGAUAAAGGGUCUAAUGCCUUCGAAGCUUGGAAAAUUGAGAAGGUGGCGAAAGAUGUAGUUUUUGCCCUGGAAUUCCUGCACCACACUCUGUUCUACAUGCAUGGGGAUUUGAAGUCUGCAAACGUGCUCGUGAAUGGUGAUUUUGACGCUGUUAAACUCUGCGAUUUCGGAGUCGCGGUUAAAAUGGAUGAAGACUUUACCGCCCCUGCUGAAGAAUACACGGGGACGCGAUACUGGCUGGCAAAAGAGGUGUUGGAAGGAAGCAAGGAGAGGAUCACGAAUAAAGCAGAAAUGUAUUCCUACGGACUGACGGUCUUCGAGAUGCUGAGCUUGUCUUUUCCCCACAUGGAAGAUGCUACUGAUUGCUCAACCAGCACUGAGACGGAUUCUUCUUUCCCUGAAGAUGAGGAUUCCGUUGUGGAUGAAUCUGAAAAUUCGACGCUAGGCACAAGACCGUAUUUGCCGGAGCGACUGGCUGCUUUUUAUGCUGCUGACAAGAACUACAAUGACAUUCUUUCGAUUUACUUCCUGUGCACCAGCGAGAAUGCUGGUGAACGCCCUGCUGCGAACCACUUGGCGUCUUCUUUCCGAGAGAAAAUGGCGGCUGGGGAGGCUUGAAAUCUCAACUUUUCGUGGCUGGAUGUGUGGCUAAAUGCAAACGGACAAGUGUUGUGACUUUUUGAUAUUUCAU